AUGUCCCGCCGCAAGCAGGUGAACCCGCAGCACUUGUCGUUGAGCCACCGGGAGACGGCACCAGCCGACGUCAAUGACACAGCGGUGAGAUCUCCAUCCCCGGCCCCCGCCCUGCGGGGCCCCGAAGAGCACGACCUGCUGACGUGCGGCCAGUGCCAGACCAACUUCCCUCUGGGCGACAUCUUGGUCUUCAUCGAGCACAAGCGCCGCCUAUGCCGCGGCCCUCCGCAGGGGGUGCCGGGCUCCUUCUCCGUCAAGCCCGGAGAGGCCGGCGGCGCCGCCAGCAUCCCCAUUUCCCCCCGGGGCCACGCCCUGGGGAUGGGGAGAGGGGCUCCGAUGCUGCCCGUGGAGGUGGGCGUGCAAGCGACGCCCGGUAGCGACGAGGACGUCCACAGGAGGCUGACUCCAGCUAAGGGGAUCUGUCCUAAACAGGAGAAAGGAGACAAAGACGAGCCAUCCAGCUACAUCUGCACCAGCUGUAAGCAGACCUUCACCAGCGCCUGGUUCCUCCUCCAGCACGCCCAGCACACUCAUGGAAUCCGCAUCUACCUGGACAACCAUUUGGCCAACUGCUCGCUCACCCCUCGCAUGGCGCUACCGCCCCCGCCGGGUGCCGACGCCCUGCCCCGCUCACCGCUGCCCACCUUCCUGGGCGACGCCAACAACCCCUUCCACCUCUUGCGAAUGGCUGCGCCCUUGCUCAGGGAACACCCUCCGCCACCGGGCUUCAUGGAGACCCGGCUGCCGGCAACCCCUCCCUUUGUGAGCCCGCCGCCCCCUCCCAGGCCCCCGCUAGAGCGGCUGGGCCCGGAGGAGAUGGGGCUGCUCUCCCAGCACCCCAGUGCCUUCGAGAGAGUAAUGCGCCUGACACCCAUGGAGCCCCCAUCUAUGGACUUCUCCCGGCGUCUGAGGGAGCUGGCUGGCAACACCAACAACAACGGAGGGCCAACGCCACCCUUGUCGCCCAACCGCGUGCCACCCAUGCACCGCUUGCUAAGUCCCACGCUCUUCCAGCCGGGUUCCAAGCCGCCGGCCUUUCUCACCUAUGCCCCGCAGCAGCCCACCCCCCAGGGUGCACACGGUUCCUCCAGCCCCCCUGACACCCAAAGUCAGAACCAGUCGGCAGGGAAAUCAAAAUCCUGCGAAUUCUGCGGGAAGAUCUUCAAAUUCCAGAGCAACCUAAUCGUGCACCGCCGCAGCCACACCGGAGAGAGGCCGUACAAGUGCCACCUGUGUGACCACGCCUGCUCCCAGGCCAGCAAGCUCAAGAGGCACAUGAAAACCCACAUGCACAACAAGUCCGGCUCCAUGGGCGGCUCCCCUGAGGCAGAAAACCGAGAAGACGGAGGAGAGGGGGAAGACAAGAUUCGCGAAGCUGACGGAAGAGUGUUGGGCAUGGACAAUGAGGAGGAGGAAGAAGAGGAGGAGGAGGAAGAGGAGGAAGAAGAAGAGGAGGAAGAGCUAAGGAAUGGAAGUCGCCCAGAUUCCAACCUAAGCGAGGAUUCCCAAGAGUUUAACUCCAACCGGGAGAACGGGCCGAGGCAGUCUCCCAAGGAGAAGCACCUGAGUGCCGAGCGAGUAGGUGAAAGCGGCGGGGUAAGCAUCAUGCACCCGUACAACCAUCUUGACAAUCAUCUCAGACUGAACCCCAACAAGAGGAACCUCGAGAGGCAGCCCAACGGAGACAGCGCCAACGGGGGCGAACCGGAUCGAGAGCGGCAGAGCGACAGGGAGCAGGGCAGGGACCCUGACGAGCCGGACACCAGGCCCGUGAUGAACGGCAGGGUUAGCGUAUCAGAGGCGGAAUCCUUCCCGGGGCUCUUCCAGCGUCGACCCACGCCCAUCACCAGCCCCAAUCCGUCCAACAACAACAAGAGGAUCAAGAUUGAGCGGGAUCAGCUGGAGCUCCAGCCCACUCUCCCGCUCAUCUCGCCGGAAAACGUCUACUCCCAGCUCUUGGCCGGGUAUGCCGCCUCGCGCCACUUCAUCCGGGAGCCAUUCCUGGGCUUCACGGACUCACGCCAGUCCCCCUUCGCCACCUCCUCGGAGCACUCCUCCUCUGAAACGGGUAGCCUGCGCUUCUCCACGCCGCCGGGGGAACUGAUGGAGGGCGGCAGCGCCUCGGGCCGGAGCGGCAGCAGCACGCCGCACCUCUUGCGAGGACCCGGACCCGGCCGACCGCCCAGCUCCAAGGAUCGGCGCAACGACACGUGCGAAUACUGCGGCAAAGUGUUCAAGAACUGCAGCAACCUGACGGUGCACCGACGCAGCCACACGGGCGAGAGGCCCUACAAGUGUGACCUGUGCAGCUACGCCUGCGCCCAGAGCUCCAAGCUGACACGCCACAUGAAGACGCACGGCCAGUUCGGCAAGGAGGUAUACCGCUGCGACAUCUGCCACAUGCCCUUCAGCGUCUAUAGCACGCUGGAGAAACACAUGAAGAAGUGGCACGGCGAACACUUGAUGGCCAGCGAGGUCAAACUGGAGCAAGCCGAGCGAAGCUAA